CACGGCGUACCAUUCUAGGAAUAAAAAUAUUGAAAGAAUUGUUUUGAUGCAUUAAGGUGAAAGUAUAAACGUUUCGAAUCCACGUCAACUGCCAUAAAUUAGAGGUGAUGUGUGACAUUCACAAUCAGUAACAAAUCAGUUGAUAACAGAUCGAGACUAUUCUAAAUACUUCAUCUAAAUUCAAAGGUUUGGACUUCCGCAAAUUGGCAUCACAAUACUCCACAAUGGGACCGGUUGACCAAUACCUUUACGAUCCAAAUCUACUCAAUUCUUUGGACUUUCGAAAGAGUUCUGCCAUAUUUAAGCCAUAUAUUACGGCCGCCGAUCCUGGUGAAUCAUGGAUGAAAGUAAGACCACUUCGGGAAAGUGAUUUCGAUAAAGGAUUCUUGCAGUUGCUAAGUCAAUUGACUGCGGUUGGUAAUGUGUCCAGAAUAGAUUUUUUGCGCAAAUUCGAUCAGAUGAAGGUCAAGGGAGAUUACUUUGUUACCGUUAUCGAAGAUACCAGAAAUCAGUCGAUUAUUGGCGCAGCCACGCUGGUUAUUGAACAUAAGUUUAUCCACGACUGUGGACUGAAAGCUCGACUAGAGGAUGUUGUCGUAAACGACACAUACCGCGGAAAGCAGUUGGGAAAACUAAUAACUGUGACCGUAACACUGCUCGCACAACAACUGGGCUGUUAUAAAAUGUGCCUGGAAUGCAAAGACAAAUUGAUCCCGUUUUAUUCGUCGCUCGGAUAUGUACUGGAGCCGGGCAAUUCAAAUACAAUGCAAAUUCGAUACGCCACUGUUAAUACGAAUCAUACCAAUGAAGACAAUGAGUGAUGAUGACGAUAGAAGGAAAAAAAAUAAUAAUUAGGGAAUGCCGUUGAUAUAACUGGAGAGGAACCGAUAAAAUUAAUCUUGACUUAAUUGAUGUUCUUUUUACACCGCAGACGCUUGAUAACACGAAUCAAUAUUUAUAAUGAAUGAAUGAACUAGGUACCUUCGGUUUGUAUUGAUGAAACGGCGGUCUAAUAACAAUUAACCCACAAAUUAAUAUAAUCUAAAACACACUCGAAACAAACAUUUUUUUCAUCAUUUUUUUAUAUGAAAUUAUUUAUUACUCAUCGUCAAUUGCUUGAUAAGAGUACAGUCGGUGUAUAAUCUGUGGGUUUCCAAAUAUGUGUGUUUACUACACGGUCAUUAACAGUCAUUGUGUUUUUUUUUUAAGUUUUGCUAAAUUAUUUAGCGUUGUUCACAUAAAGAAAAAACCUGUAAAUAUUUUCGUUUUGAUUUUAUAGCGCGUAUGGUCUCAAAUAAAAGUUUGUACAGAUAUAAUUGUGCCAAGUAAUAUACACUUAAUGAACGCUCAGGUCUGCCGCAAUUUUAUUUUUGACCAUAGGCGCCAUAUUUUUUAUUAUUUUUUGUUUUAUUUUUAUUUUUCUUUUAAGUGAUAAUAUUUCGGGGGUGGUUUUAUUGACUUCUUAAUAAAUCUUUAACUAUGCA